CCGAAUCCCCCAAAAGCAACACACUACUCUCAACUCUCAAAGUCUCUCUCUCUCUCUCUCUCUCUCUCUCUCUCUCUCUCUCUCUCUCUCUUGGUUGCUUAGGAAAACAUCAUCACCAUGGCCAAAGGUGGGCAGCUAACAAAGCUCAAGUCAGUCCUCAAGAAGUGGAACUCAUUCAGCAAGCAGAACAGCCGCCCAAGCCUCAACUCCGUAGUCUCCCCCGACGACGACUUCUCCUCGUCCCCCGCCGUUAUCUCAGCCGACCUCCGCCCGGUCUACGUGGGCAAGUCUCGACGACGCUACCUCGUAAACUCCGACGUCGUAGACCACCCGCUUUUCAAGGAGCUGGCAGACAGGUCCGGGGACUCAGACGACCACACAAUCAAUGUCGCAUGCGAGGUGGUGCUGUUCGAGCACUUGCUUUGGAUGCUCGAGAAUGCCGAUCCUCAGCCCGAGUCAAUGGACGAGUUGGUCGAGUUCUAUGCCUGCUGCUGAUGAGGAGGAAGUAAUAUUAUAUCUAAUGCUAUAUCUAUACGCAUGUAGGUGACUGAGGAAAAUAAUGAGUAAGAGAGAGAGGUGGGGGUGAUUCUGUGUGGUCAUCUGCACAGUAGAAGGCUGUACAUUGUUGAUAGAUCGAGUGGAGAGGAGGAUAAAAAAAAUUGGUUUGAGAGUGUGUGAUUUGAUUAAGGAUGAUUAACCCAAUAUUUCACAGCCAUCUGGGCUGGAUUCGUCAGUUCUGUCAUUCUUCU